AUGGCACAACAACCGCUCCCCUCGUCGGUACAACCGACGGACGUCUAUGGCGGAGACGAAGUCUCUGCCAUCGUCCUUGACCCAGGCUACAUCAACACCCGUGCCGGCUUCGCGGGCGAAGAAAUGCCUAAGCAGGUUCUCCCCUCGUUCUACGGCCAUAUCACCUCCUCCAAUCGCGAUGUCUUCGGCGACCAGGCAAUGUAUCCCCGUGCUGACUUCGAAAUCCGCAAUUACAUGAACCGCGAUAGCGUCGUGGAGGACUGGGAUGCCGCCACCAAGAUCUGGGAGCAUGCCCUUGUCAACCGCCUGGGCAUCCCCCGCCCAACCCCGCCCAGCAAAAACGGCCUGAACAACAAGCCCAAACCAGCAGCCGAGGGCGAAGAUGUGGAAAUGGCCGACGAGGCUGAUUUAGACGAGACGGAAAACUACGAAAAGCCCAUGGCGGAGAAUCCACUGUUGAUGACAGAGGCGGCAUGGAACUCACCAAAGCAGAGGGAAAAGGCCAUUGAGAUUUGCAUGGAGAAUUGGGCGUGUCCUGCGUUUUGGCUGAGCAAGACCCCGGUGCUGGCUGCCUUUGCAGCGGGGAAGGCGACAGCCUUGGUGUUGGACGUGGGAGGAUCUAACACCAGUGUAACGGCGAUUUUUGACGGCAUGGUGCUGAAGCGGAGCGUCCAGCGGUCGCCUGUCGGCGGUGUAUGGCUCAGCAGCCAGAUCAGGUCGCUCUUUGAGGCCAGCGAGCCCAAGGUGGAGGUUGUGCCUACUUUUAUGGUGGAAAACAAGAAGCCGGUGGAGGCUGGGCAACCUGCUGACGCCAGGCUGAAGACUUUUGAUUUCCAGAUUUCACCCUCCUUCAGGGCCUAUGAGGAGGAGAGAGUCUUGAAAGAGUUCAAGGAGUCUGUGGUAGAGGUUUGGAGGGGCCCUGGGAGAUACCUCGCGCCAGGAAACGAGGACUACGCCAAGAACCUGCCUGGCCGUGUGUUUGAGAUGCCAGAUGGCAGCAAUCAGAUGUGGCGCGAGCAACGCUUCAAGGCUGCCGAGGGCAUGUGGGACGACAACGCUGCCUUCCCCAGCGCCACCGAGGAAGGAAAGAUCACCAAGGCCCAGACUGUGCCCGGCUUGAUCAAGGCAGCACUCGACUCCAUCGACGUCGACGUUCGACCUGCCCUUUUGGCCAACGUUGUCGUUACCGGGAGCACAAGCUUGUUGCCAGGGUUCACCGACCGCCUGAACCACGAACUCACAGCCAUGUUCCCCAGCGUCAAGGUCAAGCUUCACGCCGCCGGCCUCAGCAGCGAGAGGCGGUUCGGGGCCUGGAUAGGUGGCAGCAUCCUCGGGAGUCUGGGCACAUUCCACCAGAUGUGGAUCUCACGAAAGGAAUACGAGGAGAACGGGCCUGGGAUCGUGGAGAAGCGCUGCAAGUAG